CCCCCUCCCGAAAUGCCAACUUCUCCACCGGCAGUCGGGUGCAACAAUGUCUGGCCAAAAGAGCGGAAAAUCAAGUCUAGCCUGGUCAGACCGAGUGUCGUGAACACCCUAUAAAUGGCUAUUCAAAACUGGGGAAAUUCCCCAGUAAUGUUGUAACAUUUUGAAAAGUCAGAUAAGGCAACCAAAUAAAUAUCCAUGGAAUGAUUUCACUGUUUUUGAUCAACUAAUUCAAAUUAUACCAGGAUUUCUGUUGUUUUCAGUUCGUAGGAGGUCAUUCAAUUGCUUAAUUUGAAACCAACCUAGUAAGUGCUGCAAAAUAUAUCAUCAAUAGAAUACUAUAAUAUCUAAGCAAAACUUAACGUAAUUUAACAAAAUGACAAAAUACUUCAAGAGAGAUAUCGAUUUCGAUGUUAACCGCGAAGCGGAGGUGCUGGAUGGUCGCACCUACGGAUUCCUGAAGACCAAGGGAUGGAAUACGCCGAUGCCCACGGCCCAAAAGAGAAUUCAUUCCUCAGUCUUGAUAGAAAAGUUGAGGGAAGUCAACGAUCAGCCAUCUACUCCACAUGAGUCGUCUACGGAUUCAGUGCAAUCGAGUGGCAUGUCCUUUGAAAUGAAACGGAAACUAUUUGAUGAAGCCGAGUUCACCAUAACUCGAGGUCGGAAACUAAGUGACCUCAUGCAUGCCGCAGAUACGGGGCUUAACUUCAAGCCGUACGAAACUGGCAAGAAGACGAUCGAAGAAAUCGAGGCGUACUGUCGCACCAUAAACAUAAAGCUUGCCAAAUGAAACUUUAGCUUUUCAUUACCUUGCAACGCUGCAGUUUCAACUAGCAAGGAUAUUGAUAUUGAUGACAGAUUGCAGAAUAGACACGAUGAAAUCUUGAUGACAGAUGAAACAGAAUCAUGCCUAGAUUCAAUCGAAUCCAAUGCAAAUCAACGAAUAAAACCGAGCUUACAAUGGAAUGAAGCAGAAAAUGUAGUUUUAUAGAUCCAGAAAAGCGUUCCAUUAAAUGUUUUAUUUUGUGUACUCAAAGAUUACAAUACUUAAGCAUAUUGUGUAGUACAAUUUGCAGUUUUGGUAAAAUAUAAUAAAAUUAAGUAAUAGUGCAAACU